GUUGCGACCGUCGCGCGGUGAGGUUGCGUGUUAUAGAGUCGAUCUCGCAUCGCGUUAUUUCGCGCCACGUGCAAUUUGCACGCUCGUUCCUGGCUCUCUCCAACGGCGGCCGCUGCGCCCGAAUUUCACCGGAUCGAGUUCCGUGUCACGGCGGGAGAACGAGAAGACGGCUGCCUUCGUCGUCGCUCGAGUUCACCUACGAGAAGCAGCGUUGCUGAUGAAAGUCCGAGAUCGUUGGUUGGAUCUUCUCUGCGUAUAAUCACAACCAUGGUAUGACACUUGAUUGAGGUUGCCAGUCCAUAAACGACCACCAGCCGCUGCCGCCAUCGCCGCCGCCGCCGCCGCCGCCGCCGCCGCCGCCAUGAGCAAGCUAUUUCAAUUUCUGGCUCUCCUCCUGUUGGGUGUCAAUGCCAGACGGACCGACGGAGACAGACCUGCGGAUGACGCGUACGCCGGCCAGCAUCGUCGCGGCUCCCUACACAAGUCGAAUUACAACAGCAAUAAUAAUUACAAUCAUCAGUCGAACUCGCCCUAUUUGCCGCACCAGCAGUCCCGAGAGCGGAAGCCGAACAUCGUCCUGAUUCUGACGGACGAUCAAGAUGUUGAACUAGGUUCGUUGAACUUUAUGCCACGGACUCUGAAGCGAAUAAGGAACGAGGGCGCCGAGCUAAGACACGCGUACGUGACCACUCCCAUGUGCUGUCCGAGCAGGAGCUCUUUGCUUACUGGUCGUUACGUUCACAAUCAUGAGGUCUUCACGAACAACGACAACUGCAGCAGUCCCCAGUGGCAACGAGAUCACGAGCCGCACUCCUUCGCCGCUUACUUGAGCAACGCGGGAUAUCGGACAGGAUAUUUCGGCAAAUAUUUGAAUAAAUACAACGGUUCGUAUAUACCUCCGGGAUGGCGAGAAUGGGGAGGCCUCAUAAUGAAUUCUCGCUACUACAACUACAGCGUCAACAUGAACGGGAAGAAGAUAAAGCACGGCUUCGACUACAGACGGGAUUAUUAUCCAGAUCUGAUAGCCAACGACAGUGUGGCUUUCCUUAGGCAGAGCAAACACAAUUUCGCCCGGAAACCGGUGAUGUUGGUCGCGAGUUUUCCGGCGCCGCACGGCCCGGAGGAUUCGGCACCGCAAUUCUCGCAUCUCUUCUUUAACGUCACUACUCAUCACACACCGGCAUAUGAUUACGCACCGAAUCCCGACAAGCAAUGGAUACUUCAAGUUACACAGAAGAUGCAACCCAUUCACAAACAGUUUACGGAUCUCUUAAUGACAAAACGACUACAAACUUUGCAAAGCGUUGAUGCUGCCGUAGAUAGAAUUUAUCAAGAAUUGAAAGAUCUAGGUGAAUUAGAUAAUACGUAUAUUAUUUAUACAUCCGAUCACGGAUAUCAUUUGGGACAGUUUGGACUUAUAAAAGGCAAGAGCUUCCCAUUCGAGUUUGACGUACGAGUGCCAUUCCUCAUUAGAGGGCCUGGUAUUGAACCUGGAUCCAUAGUAGACGACAUAGUUUUGAACAUCGAUCUGGCGCCGACGUUCCUGGAUAUCGCCGGCGUCGAGACGCCGCCACAGAUGGAUGGUCGUUCCUUCAAGAAACUCUUUCUCAAUUCACGGAUAGGACGUAGAGGAAAUGUUAGGACAGAUUUCACGCAUUUGUUUAUUCCAGGUAUAGAUCCACAUCUCGACAAUAGGGUGCAUCCGAUGCACGCGCCUUUCGCGACGAAGCACGAACGUCUCGCGGCGGAGUGCUCACGACCGGAAGCGCAGGCCGAUUGUCUUCCCGGGCAGAAGUGGCGAUGCGAGAGGGACGGGCACCGGUGGCGACGACACAAGUGCAGGUACGCGGCACCCCCGCCACCGCCGCAAAGGGUGUCUAAGAAGUGCGCUUGUUUCACCCCCAACGGCGUGAUCUACACGAGGCUUGAGUCCAACGAUUACGACGUGAGAAAUCACCGGCCUAUAGAUCCUUAUCACAAUACGGCAGGAUACUUUGCAAGACGAGGUAAGCGAGACAUAUCGGAUGAUAUCGUGUCAGUCGAAGAAAAUAAUGAAGAAUUUGACAGUGAAAUCGAUUUGGAUGAAAGAGACAGACGCGCAAUCGAUGAAGAAGACGACGAUGACCUGAUGCAGAAGAUAGAUAUCCUGAUGCGAGAGGUGAAAAGUGAAUAUAGAAAAAGUCAUAAAAGAAAUGGCAACAAGACAAGAAUUGAAGAUACUAACGAUGAAAAAAGUGACCAAUUAAAUAAAUAUAUUGUCAACUACUUAGAUUACGGUUAUUCGAUAAAUGAUUUUGAUCCAACUUUAGAUAAGAUUGUUAAAGGUCGAUUAAAUAUUGACGACUUAAUAAAAAGGCAUCAAAGGGUACGGAGAAGUGUCCCAAAGAAGGAUACUAUAGAGCACGUCACGGAAAUUAUGGAAAGCAUAGAGGAAGAGUUAGACGAUUUAAAGCAAACUCAAGUUCGUCACUUGUCAUCCGAAGUAGGAAAAUCAUUAUCGCCAAAAUGUUUGGUUUCACCAGAAGGGGAUGUCAAUUGUACUCAAGCUAUAUAUCAAGAUCCUAAUGAAUGGCGAAUAUCCAGACGGGAAAUCGAGCAGCAAAUCCGAAAUUUGCGAGUGCAAUUGGAAACGUUGAAAGAGAUUCGCCGACAUUUAAUAAUCAAACGACCCCAAUUCCCGGAUAACGAGGAGAAACUCGCUGACGCAGAAGAAACUCGCGAUUCGCAUAAAAUUCACCAUCAUCCUUCAAAGGGGCAUGUCAGCCGCCAUCAUAAAAAGCACGAUAAAAUUGCUCAUACUACUGCAGAUCUUAUCACGACUACUGAGUCUGUUACGAAGAUUAAUACAGCUACGAGCGACGAAAAGACAUCGACGACGGAAGAGAAAACCAAUAAAUACACCAAUAAAUACAGCACAACUCCUAUUGAAACUUCUACUAUGGAAACUAUCCUCGAAACGUCGACAACGAUGAAUCUAACAACAGUUAAGAAAAAGAAACCACCUCGUCGACAGAAGAUUAACGAGACUUCUACGAACAGAACGGAAAUUGAAGAGGAUAAGCCGCAAAGGCGCAGGAAAACGCAUCACCAUCGUAAAAACAACACGCUGCUUACGAAUAGCGUACACGAUGAUGUUCUGCGCAUAACUCACGUGAACAUAACGCAUGUUAUCGGUGAUAUAACAUCUACGCAAAGUCCUGUAACUUAUGAGAGACACAAUCAACACAGAUUUACAACUGAUCCUGCUAUCAAAGAAACAAUCACAGAAACGAGUGCUACGAGACAAGCGACCCAGUCCAGAGAGCCAGGAAUAUCCAGAACUAAUGACUUUAAUGAAGAUCGGACUAUGGAAUCGAUUCCGAUUACUGAAUCGGGAAUGACUAUAACAAUGAUGACACGCACGACAGAGGUUCCAAAAACCAACCCAGUGAUUGAUAAAGGUUCCGAGCGACUUCAAAGUACAUCCGUUACGGUACCAACGACAACAACACCGAUGAAAAGAUAUCCUAAAGUACAAAAGAACAGAACAUCAGGAAUUCUCGGACCAGCGAGAAUUGACGUUACCAUUCUUGAAUCUCCUGAUCGAAAACAUAAACAAGGUAUAACCACAGCUAGUAAUAAUGGUCGUUUGCCACCGAUGCUAAACACUCCGUUAGAAGCGCGACAUAAAUGUUAUUGCGAACCGGAUGCAAAGAAAGAUGAGAAAGAAAUUGCUAGGGAAGAGAGACGCAGAUUGAAGGAGGAGCGUUUAAAGAAAAAGGAGCGAAAACUCAGAAAAAAAGCCAAGCUGGAAAAGGAAUGCUUGACUGAAAAAAUGAAUUGCUUCGAGCAUGAUAACGAUCACUGGCGUACCGCACCUCUGUGGAAUGCGGGACCAUUUUGCUUUUGCAUGAAUGCUAAUAAUAACACGUAUUCGUGCAUACGUACAAUCAACAAAACGCACGAUUUUCUUUACUGCGAAUUUACCACGGGAUUAAUAACGUAUUACAAUUUAAGACUUGAUCCAUUUGAACAAUGGAAUAGAGCAUCCUCUUUGACAGACACUGAAAGAUCGUAUCUGCAUGAUCAAUUGGAGCAUUUGAAAGGAUGUAAAGGCACAUGGGAUUGUACAGUCGGCAACGCUAGAGAAGCUAUGCCACAAUUACAGCAACAUCAACGAUAUAUUUCGAAAAGAAAAUAUAGUGAUGCGUUUGAAGACAUAUUUGUACCUUCAGCGUUACAAAUUAUACGAGAAAGCGAACUCGGCAAUCCUAAUAAAAGACGGAAGAAAUUACAAAAUUGGAAUAGACGCAGUAGAAGCUGGCAAAGCAGUUGGCGACAUCAUCAAGAUACAAUAAACUCCCGACGUCAUAGUUCUAGACAUCAAUACUGAUCAUUUUUUAUGCUUCAACAAUCGCGUGAUAAAUUGACUUAGGUAUAUUGAUUUUGCAAUGCAUUUAGUAAUCUAAUUUAUUUAGUAAUAAAUAACGAAGAAACCGAGCUUAUAUUAAUUAAUAUUUAAAUUAAUAACUUGAUUUUAAUUAAAUCUUCAUCCUUCACAUUGUGCAUGUUUUCAACAUUUUACAAUUUUAUUAUCGGAAUUAACUAUAAGAAUCAUGUGUACUGUGUGUGGAGCACAUCUAUAAAUAUAAAAUAAGUUUUAUAUAAUUAGAACUAUAUAAUUAAAGACGUAGUUAGGUGAUUUUGUUCUACUUUGUAGAUGAUUUUUAGUAUAAUUUAUUUGCUUAUCGGAAAAAAAUGUUUAAUGAAGAAACUAAAAUAUUAUGUAAACAAAUUGUACAUUUACAUUUUAAGAUUUUUGACAAUGUCAAUGUCAUGACUAUAUUUGUUUAAAAAAAUAAUAAAUUAAUUCGAUAAUAUUAAUUUCCUUACUGUUAACGAUAUAAUGUAAUAUACAUUUUUGCUGAAAAUUUUCUUAUUACAAGAAAAAUUUAUCAGAAUAUUACUGAAAUCAGCUGUGUAAUAGAAGACUGAACGCACAACGAAAAGAAUAACUUGAUCUUCCCUUACGAAAAGAAUAACUCUCCCCAGUUGUAAUCUUUCUGCAAAGUAUAUUAUGUAACAAUCAGAAAUGUUUCUCAAA